GGCAGACCCUGAGUCGCCGCGUAAGCGGGGCCGGCUCAGUGCGGUGCAGCAGGCGCGGCUGUGCGGCAGCGGAAGUCCUUUGUUGCAGCGUAGUCCCUGGCAGAGCAGGAGCCGAGCUCGGGGAGCAGCCGGAGCCCAGGGCGCCUCCGCCGCCGCCGCCGCCGGGGCUUUUUUUCUUUUUUCCGCCCUUUCACCUUUCUCUGCUUGGCCACCAAAGCUUGGCCUUAAAAGUCUCCCGCGGCCCCUCCCGCAGCCCCAGGUCCUGCGGUGGCCGGUUCAUAAUUAAAGUCGAAGAUGGCAAGGCCCAGCCACAGCAGCUACGUCCUUCAGCAGCUAAACAACCAAAGGGAAUGGGGUUUUCUCUGUGACUGUUGUAUUGCAAUUGAUGACAUUUAUUUUCAAGCACACAAAGCAGUUCUAGCUGCAUGCAGCUCUUAUUUUAGGAUGUUUUUCAUGAACCAUCAGCACACCACUGCACAACUGAAUCUUAGCAACAUGAAAAUUAGUGCUGAAUGCUUUGAUCUAAUUUUGCAAUUUAUGUAUUUAGGAAAAAUUAUGACAGCCCCUGCCAACUUUGAACAGUUUAAAGUGGCAAUGAACUACUUACAGUUAUACAAUGUUCCUGACUGUUUAGAAGACAUACAGGAUGCAGACUGUUCUAGUUCAAAAUGUUCAUCUUCUGCUUCCAGCAAUCACAAUAACAAAAUGAUAUUUGGGGUACGAAUGUAUGAUGACACCAUAGCUAGAAAUGGCAGUGAAGCAAACAGGUGGUGUGUAGAGCCAAGUUCAACAGUAAAUACAUCACAAAACAAAGAGCCUGAUGAAGAGUCUCUACAGUUAGGCAACUUUCCAGAACCAUUGUUUGAUGUAUGUAAAAAAAGCUCAGUGUCCAAAUUAUCUAACCCAAAGGAUCGUGUGUCACGGCGCUUUGGAAGGAGCUUUACCUGUGACAGUUGUGGAUUUGGUUUUAGCUGUGAAAAGUUAUUAGAUGAGCAUGUGUUAACCUGCACAAAUAGACAUUCAUAUCAAAACGCAAGGGCAUAUCAUAGGAUCAUAGAUGUUAGAGAUGGAAAAGACAGUAAUGCCAAAACUGACUCUUGUGAAAAGGAUUCUUCUAAAACAUUUUCUGCACAAAUAGACAAAUAUAGAGGGGAUACAAGCCAGGCCACCAGCGAUUCAUCAUCCACCACUGGAAACAGAAAAAACAAUACAGCUGAGUCUGAAAUAGCUGGUGAAGAGAAGAGUAGAGCUGCUGAGAGGAAAAGGAUUAUCAUCAAGAUGGAGCCAGAAGAUCAUCCAAAGGAUGAAUUUAAAGACUUCAAUGUUAUUAAAGUUUCUGAUAAAGACUGUAAUGAAUCUACUGACAAUGAUGAAUUAGAAGAUGAACCUGAAGAGCCAUUUUAUAGAUAUUACAUUGAAGAAGAGGUCAAUAUGAAGAAAAAUGCUAGAAAACUUUUAAAACCUCGGAUGUCUGUAAACACAGAUGAAAGAAGCAGUUUGGAAAAUACAAGGCAUCCUAACAAGGACAGUCCUGUACAAGGGGAUACCGAAGGAGCAUCAUGUGAACUGUGCGGACAGACAAUAACUGAAGAAGACCUGUCAUCUCAUUACUUAUCGAAACACAUAGAAAAUAUCUGUGCUUGUGGUAAAUGUGGUCAAAUACUAGUCAAAGGUAGGCAACUUCAAGAACAUGCACAAAGAUGUGGAGAACCCCAAGAUUUGACAGUGAAUGGGUUAGGAAAUAGUGAAGAAAAAAUGGACAUGGAAGAGAAUACUGAUGAGCAAUCUGAAAUAAGAGAUAUGUUUGUUGAGAUGUUAGAUGAUUUCAGGGACAAUCAUUUCCAAAUAAAUAGUCUCCCCCAAAAGCAAUUAUAUAAACAUUCUGCUUGUCCUUUUCGAUGUCCUAAUUGUGGUCAGCGUUUUGAAAAUGAAAAUCUAGUGGUUGAGCAUAUGUCCAGCUGCCUAGACCAAGAUAUGUUUAAGAAUGCCAUUAUAGAAGAGAAUGAAAGAGAUCAUAGAAGAAAACACUUCUGCAAUCUUUGUGGAAAGGGAUUUUAUCAGCGUUGUCACUUAAGGGAACACUAUACAGUCCAUACUAAGGAAAAACAAUUUGUUUGUCAGACAUGUGGAAAGCAGUUUUUGAGAGAACGUCAGUUGCGACUCCAUAAUGAUAUGCAUAAAGGAAUGGCCAGGUAUGUCUGUUCCAUUUGUGAUCAAGGAAACUUCCGAAAACAUGACCAUGUACGGCAUAUGAUUUCUCAUUUAUCUUCUGGGGAGACUAUAUGCCAGGUCUGCUUUCAGAUAUUUCCAAAUAAUGAACAGUUGGAGCAGCACAUGGAUGUUCAUCUAUAUACAUGUGGAAUAUGUGGAGCAAAGUUUAAUUUACGAAAAGAUAUGAGAUCUCAUUAUAAUGCCAAGCAUUUGAAAAGAACAUAAGUGAUUCCAAAUGUAAGAGUAUUAACUUGACAGCAAACAAAACACCAAAGCAAGGAAUAAUUAGAAUUUGAUUUUAUAAAAUGAAUUGAUGGGAAAAGCAUAUUUUAUGACCUUUUUACCUUUUAAUAUCUUUGUUUAGGAUCAUUAAGCAUAUACGUGUUUAUCAUUUUUACUGUUAUUUUUGCUGUUUUUAAUAGAAAUUUUUGUUUUUAGUUUUUGCCUUAUCUAUGAUUAAAACUUCUUUUAAAUGUAGAUUAAAAGCACAAUGUUAUCCCUUCAAUGACUUAUUAAACGCAUAGUUUGAUAUGAAUAAGAUGA